AUGAUAUACCGGAGCUCUGUGCAGACCAGCUACUACAUCACCGGCAGUUUCAGCUGCUGGGAGCCGGUCAAGAUGCAGGUGGAGGCGGAGGGGGUCUACGCCUUCACCAUGGUCCUGGGUGAGAAUCGCUGGGAGAGCUUCCAGAUCUGGGAGGAUGGAGACUCCAACAAGGUGCUCCAUCCGGGGACCCACUGGGCGGACCAGGACGCAGCGGUGCUGGGGCCCUCCCCGCAGAAGCUCUGCGGCCGCUUUGCCACCUGGCGCCUCUGCGGGAAGCCGACAAAGGUUCGGCUCUUGAACGAGGAGCAGGCGAGGGAGUUGGAUGUGGACUUCAGCUCCGAGGAGAUGCGGACCUACGUGGGAGACGUGGAGUUCCGAUUGCUUACGGCCUUCCCAGGUGACUACCAGCCCGAGGGGCUAGAGGAUGGCGAGGCUCCGGUCGUGGAUCAAGACCCUCAGCUCUUGGGCAUGCCCGGGGACUGCUACCGCGUCUGGCUCCGAUUGGGAGGCAAGUACCGGCGAGUGGAGUGGCAGAAGCUGUCUGGCACCAAGGCUGAGGUGCCGAUCGCCGCGUCGUAUUACUUGGCUGGGGACUUCAACUUCUGGGACUUCCAACCCCUGGAGGAGGAGGCCUCGAGCGGCAAGUUGCGCGCCUUUCAUGCGGAGGUGCAGCUACGCAGCAGCGAGGAUGUCUUCCAGGUGGUUCGGAACAAGGACUGGGACCAGGCCUUCUACCCAGAGGGUGACACCGAGCAGCUGCGGGGCCCUGACGGCUGCGGCACAGCCAAGGGCUGGCGCCUCCCCGGCAAGGCGGGGGACGUCUUCCGGAUUCGCUUCACGCGGACGUUGCCCUCCUCCGGCGCGGACGAGAAGCACAUCAGCUGGACCUUGCAGCGCUCGGGCAAGCUGGCGGUGAGCCAGGAGGUGGCCCUGCGGCGCAGCUACUGCAUCGUGGGCUCCUGGACCAGUUUCGUGUCCCGAGAGCCCAUGACCUUUGAGGCGUCGGCCUGGGUGGCGGAGGUCACCGUUGGGAGCACCGGGCGUGAAUUCUUCCAGCUGUUGCUGGACGGCAACUGGCUGGCCGCGGUGUACCCCAACGCCGAUGAGGCGGACUUCCAGCAGCCCGGGCACGCGAUCUGCGGGCCCGACAGCCGCGGGGCCGGCCGCUUCUGGCGCCUCGAGGAGAACCUGACUGUGGGCGACAAGGUUCGGGUGAUACUGGAGGUCGAUGGCGCUGCAAUGCCCAAGAGCCUGCGAUGGCAGCGCCCGUGA